UUAAAAUCCAGUUUUAGGACACAGCUGAGUGUGUGUGGCAGCGUAGACCUCUUAUUUUCGGUAAAACAUGCUAUUCGAUGCAGCACCUACUAAAUGUGUUUUUAAGGUUUCUCAAGCGAUUUGGAUACUUGUCAAGCUUGGUUUCACCAUAGACCGUGAAUACAGCAUGACACAACAGAGAAGAUGGCGUGUUGUGGAAACUGUUUUUGUUGCCAAUGUUGCUGCAGAGAAGGGGACACGCGGACACCCGAAGAACUGACAAUCCUUGGGGAAAUCAGAGAUGAAGAAGAUGAAAUUCUACCCAGAAAAGACUAUGAGAGCUUGGAUUAUGACCGCUGCAUUAAUGAGCCCUAUGUGGAGGUUCUGGAGGGGAUGGACAACAAGAAAGCCAAAAAGUAUGAAGCCGUACGGUGGAUGAUGAUGUUUGCCAUCGGAGUCACGGUGGGCCUGGUGGGCCUGUUCGUGGACUUCUUUGUGCACCUCUUCACAAAAAUUAAAUUUACUCUAGUUGGUGAUUCUAUAGAGAAGUGCACUGACAAAGGCUGUUUCCCUCUGUCUCUGCUGGAGCUCCUGGCAUUCAACAUGACCUUCGUCUUCAUCGCCAGCGUGCUCAUUCUCAUUGAGCCAGUAGCUGCAGGUUCGGGGAUCCCAGAAAUCAAAAGUUACUUGAACGGAGUGAAAAUUCCUGGAAUCGUCCGGCUGCGAACUUUUUUCUGCAAGGCUGCCGGGGUCCUGUUCAGUGUGGCUGGAGGUCUGUUUGUGGGGAAAGAAGGUCCGAUGAUACACAGUGGAGCCAUUGUGGGAGCUGGCCUUCCUCAGUUUCAGAGCAUCACUUUCAAGAGGGUCAAAUUUGAUUUUCCCUACUUCCGCAGCGACAGGGACAAGCGAGACUUUGUGUCAGCGGGCACUGCUGCUGGAGUAGCUGCUGCCUUUGGUGCUCCUAUAGGUGGCAUGCUCUUCAGUCUUGAGGAGGGCUCCUCUUUCUGGAACCAGGCCCUCACUUGGAAAGUGCUCUUCUGUUCCAUGUCAGCCACCUUCACUCUCAACUUUUUCCGCUCGGGUAUCAACUUCAACAAGUGGGGCUCCUUCCAGCUCCCUGGUCUGCUCAACUUUGGAGAGUUCAAGUGUCCUGAUGGAGAUAAGAACUGUCACCUUUGGACAGCAGUGGACCUGGCCUUUUUUGUCCUGAUGGGGGUGGUGGGUGGCCUGCUGGGGGCGCUCUUCAACUGCAUGAACAAGGGACUGGCCAAGUAUCGCAUAAGACACAUUCACCCCAAGGCCAAGUUUAUCAGAGUUCUAGAGAGUCUGCUGGUUUCCUUGGUGACAACAGUGGUGAUAUUUGCAGCUUCCAUGCUAUUGGGCGAAUGUCGUGACCUGUCUGCCCCCACAACCCAUAACACCACACGAUCCGGCAGUGAGGACAUCAACUCAACCAUCCGCCAGUUCUUCUGUACCAACAAGACCUACAAUGACAUGGCCACGUUGUUCUUCAACCCACAGGAGGCUGCCAUCCAUCAGCUCUUCCACCAGGAUGGUACCUUCAGUCCUCUGACUCUGGCAGUGUUCUUCUUGCUGUACUUCCUGUUGGCCUGUUGGACCUACGGUGUGUCUGUACCCAGUGGCCUAUUUGUCCCCUCACUGCUUUGUGGGGCGGCUUUUGGACGUCUGGUUGCCAACAUCCUCAAAGUGAAACUGGGAAUGGACAUCUACUCUGGGACUUUUGCUCUCAUCGGAUCUGCCGCCUUCCUUGGAGGCGUGGUCAGAAUGACCAUCAGUCUGACUGUCAUCCUCAUUGAAUCCACCAAUGAAAUCGCAUAUGGGCUGCCCAUCAUGAUCACUCUAAUGGUUGCCAAGUGGACUGGAGAUUUCUUCAACAAGGGCAUCUAUGACAUCCACAUCCAGCUGAGAGGAGUGCCACUGCUGGAGUGGGAGACUGAGGUUGAGAUGGACAAGCUGACCGCCAGCGAUAUCAUGGAGCCUAACUUGACCUACGUGUACCCCCACACCCGGGUCCAGUCUUUAGUCAGCAUUCUGCGCACCACUGUCUACCACGCCUUCCCCGUGGUCACUGAAAACCGGCAGAACGAACAGGACUUCAUGAAGGGAAACAUCUUGGUCAGCAACAACGUCCGCUUCAAGAAAUCCAGUGUAAUGUCCCGUGCGGGGGAACAGCGGCGGCGGUGCCAGUCCAUGAAGUCAUACCCAUCCAGCGAGCUGAGGAAUGUUUGCGAUGAGCAGAACACUGUGGUAGAGCCUGCAGAAGAGGGAGAGGACCUGCUGCAGCAGAUGUUAGAGAGGAGGUAUGCUCCCUACCCAAACCUGUACCCAGAUCAGUCUCCCAGUGAAGAGUGGACCAUGGAGGAGCGCUUCCGACCACUCACGUUCCAUGGCCUCAUCCUCCGCUCCCAGCUGGUCAACCUGCUCAUCAGAGGGGUCUGCUAUGCUGAGAACCAGUCGAGUGCCACUCAGCCCAGGUUGUCCUAUGCAGAGAUGACUGAAGAUUACCCACGUUACCCUGACAUCCAUGACUUGGACCUGGCCCUGCUCAACCCCCGCAUGAUAGUGGAUGCCACACCCUAUAUGAACCCGUGUCCCUACACAGUGUCCCCCAAUACCCGCAUUUCCCAGGUGUUCAACCUGUUCAGAACCAUGGGACUGCGACACUUACCAGUAACCAAUGCUGUCGGAGAAAUUGUUGGAAUAAUCACAAGACAUAAUUUAACCCACGAGUUCCUUGUGGCAAAACUGCGACAGCACUACAUCACUAUUUGAUGCCACUCUGGACGUCCUGCUGUCCUUUCGGACCCCCAGACUCAGCCUGGUCCCGAGCCUUUGUCCUUGUCCAAUUUGUAUUCGCAUGUAGGCAUUCCCCAACACACACAUAUUUAUUUAAUAUUUAAGUGGCUACAGUGUUAUCAUGACUCAGUCAAACUUUUUUCUGUCACGCUCCCCCUUCUGAAGCCAAAAAAAGUUGAGAUUGAUGUAGCUGUACAGUAACCUGUUAUACAUAACCAUCUAGGAAGUUAUCAUUGGAAGCUGUUCACCAUCUAUCAUGGGUGAACUACAACUAUAUUUUUCAUGUCUAUGACAUAUUCUACAGAUAUAGACAUUGAAAGGUGUAUAUUUGCAGAUAUAAUUUCGAUAUGACUAUGAACAGAUACUGAUCACUGUCUAUGUUUGCUGGUAACCAUGGUUGGACCUCCACUCUCUAGUGAAGCUUUGCUGCAGCCAUGCCUGAUGGUACGUGUCCACAGGGGUGUUUUUGGAUGCUAUGGGUCGUACCACUUCCCAGCAUUGGACGCUUGUAGUUGCAAAAGGCUACAAAAAACGUUUGCUCUAGUUCACCGAAAUAUUUUUUCGAAAAACGUUUUAAGCAAGAAAUAAGCCACGCAGUUGCUGAAUCUUUCUUUGUUUUUGAUUGAAAACAGUUAAUUUAAACGUUUUUUGCGAGAGUAAGAGGUAAAUGGACCUGUACUUGUAUAGCGCCUUUCUAGUCUUCCGACCACUCAAAGCACUUUUACACUACGUGCUACAUUAGCCCUUUCACACACAUUCACACAGCGAUGGCAAAGCCCAUCGAACAGAAACUAAAGCAUUCAUACACAUUCACACACCGAUGCACAGCGUUGGGAGCAAUUUGAGGUUCAGUAUCUUGCUCAAGGAUACUUUGACAUGUGACAGGACGGCCCGCUCUGCCUCUGUGCCACUGCCGCCCAGAGGUGGUAAGUCGUGCUGCCGGACGCUCCUGAUUUGCAUAAAGAAGCAUGGACUUCCACUUUAUGCAAAUGAGGAUCAGCUAACAUGACACCGCUUCCUCUAAAAUGCUACCAGAAUGCACUGCAUGGCUGCUCACAUAGACCACAUAAAUCACAUGGCACACCCAUGGCUGCUCUAAUGGUGGAAAAAUAAAAAGGAAGAUGUUCCGCAACGCACAUGCGCAGUAGACCCAGGCAGUGCCAGGGCUUUAGUAACUCUUUAGUAAGUCUGCAUCAGUCUUCUUAGAUCAUUAGAAAAACGUUGCCCCUAGCAACCACAACCACAGCUUCUGUGUCCACUGAAAAUGAUCCUUCAAAAAUCUCACAUUCAGUAGUGACCUGUUUAAAUUGAAAGUUAUCAGUUUAGUAGUACAACAGGCAUUGAAAAAAACAGGAAACACACUGCCUGUCUUGCACUUUGUAUUGUUCUCUUUGCUAACACAAAAUGGAGAAGACUAGCAAGCUGAGCUGAACAGACACUGUAAUCAUCAAUCAUCUGAGGAGUAAUGUGAGAAGACAUUUUAAUUUCCACACUAUAAAUGGAAAAUUCUUAAACUCUAUAAAGAUAAGGCUGCAGCUUCACCUUGGAGUGAGAUAAGUACAUGUUUGAAAUUGUGUGAAAAAGUGACUGCUACUCACAGUUUGAAGGCUGGGGUACAGCAAAUGACCAAAGUAUAUCCCUUACAAAGGUUUCCUUACUGCCUUCAUGACAUCUUUUAUUUGACCUUUUAAUUAUGCUUUAUUAUUCGUUAUCACUGUUGCACUUUUAUUAAAUUUUUAUUUACUGUGUAAGUAACUGGAAUAUAUGCACUAAAAGCAGGACCACAUCCCCUCAUGUCCUGUUAUUAACUUAGACCUCAGUAGUUCUCGGAAGAGCUCGCUUUGUGACCAAGUUGGACAUAUGGUAAAAUUUCUAACCACUUCAAUAGUCUGUAAAUACAUGUUUUGCACUGACGGUAUGUAGUAUUAUUUUCACUGUCCUGUCAGUUCAGUGUUUGAUUGUUUGGUUGAGAGGACUUGCAAAAAUCACAUUUAAUUGAAACUAAUGUUUAAAAUAUUCAAUCUUAGUCCUUUGCAAUUAGUUUUUCAGCAAUAUAAAUUAUGUUUCUGCUUUGCCGUCCUAGUACAUGAUUUCAUUGUCAUUCCUAAAAGGGACUAAAAAUGUGACCAGGCAAAUAAAAGGAGGUCAAAUUGUACUUUUAUUGAUGGACAUAAAGUCCACUGUAUGUCAGGAUGAUGAAUUAUUAGCAACCACAACGGCACAUACAUCAAAUAUUCCUUAUUUGUUCCUUGUCUCUGCUUUUAUUUAAGAAAUUAUUUUUUAUACAAUUUUAUUGAUGAUUUACUGUCAUCCAACUGCAUUUCUAAAUGCACCAAUGCUAUCCUGGAUAAUAUUUUUGUUUAUUGUCAAGGCAUUGCUUACUUGUUUUAAGAUGAUGAUUUUUAUGAUACUACAAAUGGCAUGAUAGGUGGUUUGCAGAAUAUGCGAUUAAGAGAAACAGUGGAUAGUAAAUGUCCUACUGUGAAGCCAGAACUGAGGGACUGUUUGCUAAAUACUUUCUCAUUUUUCAUGACUUGUAGAGAUUAAGACAGCGCCCUUUGCUUGUUCAGGAAUUUGUAAUUGGCUGGCAGAUGAGAUGGUGAAAAAACUUCAGCCAUGGAACAAAAAAAACAGAGAGACCUCUGUCUUGUGCCUUUAAACAAUAAAGGUCCUUCAGUUUUGUCAAUCAUACAAA